GAGGAGCAGUUUGAGUUUACACAAUCUGUUACAAGAUUUACAGAUGUUGAAUCUUUCCUUUUAUUCAAAUUAUCUAAACCCCUAUUGAAAGCGCUCACAGAAAUGAAACUUUUUAAGCCAACUCAAAUACAAUGCGCCUGCAUACCCCUUGCUUUGCUUAAUCGGGACAUUUGUGCCUGCGCACGCACAGGCUCGGGAAAAACGCUGGCGUUUUUGUUACCAAUAAUCGAACGAAUGGUCUAUGCCCCAGCUGCCUCGCGCAGUCUGACAAGGGCUCUUAUUGUUAGUCCGACUCGUGAACUGGCGGUUCAGAUUUUCAAAGUUGCUGAGCAGCUUGUGAAAUUUUGUCCACGACUAAAAAUUCAGCUGGCUGCCGGUGGGCUGGAUAUAUCUUCCCAAGAAGCAUCACUGCGAACAAAUCCCGAUAUUGUUGUGGCAACACCGGGUCGUCUUAUAGAUCAUUUGUCUAACGCACCCAAUUUUACUCUAAGUGGAAUCGAAUAUCUGGUUUUGGAUGAAGCUGACAAACUCCUUGAUGAGUACUUCACCGAACAAAUUAAGGAGAUUAUCAGACAUUGCAGCACUCAGCGCCAAACCCUACUUUUUUCAGCGACAAUGACCGAGACGGUUCGUGAAUUGGCGACUGUGUCUCUCAAAAAUCCUGUUCGUAUCUUUCUCAAUCAGUCUACUGCGGUGGCCAAUCGCCUAGACCAGGAAUUCAUCCGUAUCCGACCCAGUCGAGAAAAAGACCGUGACGCCAUGCUUGCAGCUCUGCUUGUUCGCUCUUUCCCUCGUCGCACCAUAGUUUUUCUACCCACUAAAAAGGACUGUCAUCGAAUGCACAUCCUCCUUGGGCUAUUGGGUCUUCAUUGUGCUGAAAUGCAUGGGGACAUGAACCAGGCCCAACGCUUAGAGGCCCUCCGAAGAUUCACUGACGCCGAGACCAUGAGGAUGAAAGCAAUGGACAAAGUAGGUGCAGAGUUUGCUGCUGGUACCGGUGCUUCAACCGAACAUGCUCCGGUUCCUCCUCCUGUUGAUAUUCUCUUGGCUACAGAUUUGGCGGCACGUGGUUUGGACAUACCAGGUGUCCAGACGGUUAUUAACUACAAACUUCCGAACAACAUAAAAGCAUAUGUCCAUCGCGUUGGUCGAACUGCUCGUGCCUCUAACUCUGGUCGCGCUGUAUCUUUGGCUGGUGAAGCCGACAGAAAACUGCUUAAGGAAAUCGUUAAGGAUGCACCUUGUCCUGUGAAGGCGCGAGUUAUUCCACAAGAGGUCAUCGCCCGUUUCAAUGCUCGUAUCGCCAAGGUCAAGCCAUUCAUGGAAGAGAUUCUGGCGACCGAGUUAGAGGAAAAAGAGCUGAAUGCAGCACAGGUACAGCUGGCGAAAGCUGAGCAAUUGAUGCUGCAUAAUGGAAAAGACCAGUCAGUUCCCAAACCAAAGAGGUCAAACUGGUUUUCAGAAAAACGGGAAGCGGAACAAGCAGCCAAAAGAAGAAAAAAGGCCAGUAGUAAACCACCGACCAAACGCCAACGCAAGGCCUAG